CUCCAUCCCUCCCUCGCUCUCCUCUCCUCCUCUCUGGCCCCUCCCUGUUCCCUGUAAAAGGGAACAAGCUGCCGCUGUGCCGCCGUCCCGCCUCCAGCUCUUCUUGUCCCGUCCGUGAAGCUGCAGCAGUGCGCGCUCCUUCCUCCACCGACUCGCGUUGUGCGCCUUCCUUUUUGUUGUUGUUGUUGUUGUUUGUUUUUUAACCAGAAUGUGAAAACUAAACCACCCGGAUAAAAGUUAUUUUCAUGGAAAGAAAGGCUCCAAGUACAGGACAAUGGGGUAUGGGCAAAUCCUCCACCGGCAGGGGAAUGAGGAGGGCCAGGUCCACCUCAAUGUGGGAGGUGUGCGACACAAAGUGGAUCCAGACACGCUGCUCCGUUUCCCUCACACACGCCUGGCUCGUCUGCUUCACUGCCAAAGCGAGGCGGCGAUCCUGGAGCUGUGUGACGACUACAGCCCUGCUGACAAGGAGUACUACUUUGACAGGAAUCCCCGGGUUUUUCUCUGUGUGCUCAACUUCUACUACACAGGGCGCAUCCACAUGAUGGAGGAGCUGUGCGUCUUCUCCUUCAGCCAGGAGAUCGAGUACUGGGGCAUCCAGGAGCUCCACCUGAGCUCCUGCUGUAACAGCUGGUACCACGAGAGGAAGGAGUAUAUCGAGGACAGAGACUGGGACAUCAGGAGCGACGACCAGCAGCAGCCGAGCUUCAGCUCUUCCUUCGAGGAGCUCUCUGCUCUCGAUAAAGACCUGGACAAGUUCAAGGGUGCCUGGUGUGGAGAAGUGAGGAGCUACGUCUGGCUCAGGCUAGAGGAUCCGGGUCACUCAAGAGGUUCAAAGAUCAUCGCUGUGGCCUCCCUCAGCUUGGUGUUGACCUCAAUCGUUGCCAUGUGUGUCCACAGCAUGCCCGAGUUUCAGCGUGUGGAUGAAAAUGAGAGACCCAUAGAGGAUCCUGUCCUCACCAUCCUGGAGGAGAUUUGCAUUGCCUGCUUUUCUGCUGAGUUCAUGAUCAGACUGCUUGUUGCACCCUCACGCAGGAAGUUCCUUGGAAACCCCUUAAACAUCAUUGAUGUAGCCUCCAUUUUGCCAUUUUACGCCACUUUAGCUCUGGAAACGGCCGAUGAGGAGAGCACAGAGGAGAGUGAGGACUUAGAAAAUGUGGGAAAGGUGGUGCAGGUUCUGCGCCUCAUGAGGGUUUUCCGAAUCUUGAAACUGGCUCGUCACUCCAUCGGGCUGCGAGCGUUGGGUGCCACCGUCCGCCACAGCUACCACGAAGUUGGUCUGCUCCUUCUCUUCCUCUCAGUUGGAAUCUCCAUCUUUUCUGCCCUCAUCUACUUUGCAGAGAAGGAAGAGAAGAACACAGAUUUGGGGACCAUCCCUUCAGGCUGGUGGUGGGCCACAAUCACCAUGACCACCGUGGGUUAUGGUGACACCUGCCCAGAAACUCUGGCUGGGAAGAUAGUGGCCACGUUGUGUAUCAUCUGUGGCCUGUUAGUGGUGGCUCUGCCCAUCACUAUCAUCUUCAAUAAAUUUUCAAAGUAUUAUCAAAGAAACAAAGCCAUGGAGGGACAGUGCAUCACUAAGCCAGAAAGACAAGACCCAGAACUCCCAUACUAUAACAUCAGAGACCUGUUCACAGACAGUUUGUAUCCCUUUAUAGGAGCGUUUGCCUUCAGGACCAGUCAGAGCAGUGCCGGGGACGAUACAGAUGCCUCCAGUCUUCAGGACAUAGAGGUGUAUGAUAAUGACACUUGUGAAAAUGGGGCAGCAAAAUGAGAUUACUGCCAUUUCACUUAGUGUCACUCUCUUUAUGAUUGAAAGUUACUCCAUGUCCCUCCGGGCAGAGCGUUCCAUCACUGACCCUGCCUCCAUGCCCUGUCUUCCUCCUGCAAUUUGACAGAGAAAUAUAGCGGCCACGAUUUUUUUUUCUACAAGGGAAUAGCUUGUGAAAUAUACAGCAUUGCUAAAACCAGGAAUUCUAAAGGGAAUUAUCUGAACCUUGCUCAGAGGUUUGAAAGCCCAUUUUCUGCUUGAGAAAACUCCGACGAUGCAUGUAGGAGGCCAUAAUGUUAAUGUUUUUCAAAGUAAUGCCCUGUAUUGAUUCGUCUGCUCACUGAAAGUUCAGGCUGAGACUUCGGCGAAUGCGAAGUCUGGAAUGACAGCAACACAGUUUGAUGUUUAAAAAUGGCAUUACAGACCUGUAAGUUGACUUAUGUCUCACAGUCUGCAUGAACCACAAUGAAUGCUUUUUAAAAGAGAGUACUAUAUGUUAGUUGUGUAGAAUUAUGCAAUAGUAUUGAUGCGGAGAGGCCGUGCAACUCUCUCUUGGAGCACUGUGGAAUAUGUCAGCUCAUUGUUGUUACAACUUCUGUUCUGGACAGUUGUUUUGGCAUGCUGGAUGAUUCCUGGGCUGGGGGGUGUACCUCGUGAAAAUAAAAAUUGGGAGAAACAUACCUCUUAUUUGUGACAUGGCAUACAGUUAGCUGUACUACUUGUCCAUUGAGAUAAAGGUUUUCACCUCAUAGCCUUUUCUUAUGGCCAUAUAUUGAAUGACUAUAAAAUCUAAAUGGAAAUCAUCAGCAAUGUCUUUUCAUCAACAGUAAAAAUGCACUGAAACUGCAGAGGAAACUUUCCUUACCUAUUCCGUCUUUUCCUGAAAGUAUUGAUUUUCUGUCCCCUGUUAUAAUCUCUGGUUGGAUGAGCUGCUGCCCUUCAAGAUGUUAAAGAUCUUUUCACUGCAGGAGUCUCAAAGGUGUUGACUGGAUACAGUUGACCGGACACAUACUGCAAAAUGUUGCGUGAACCACUUAAUAUCAUAUUGGUCUUAAAGUUUUUGUUUUUUUGGGGUUUUUUUUUGCUUGCUGGCUGAAUUUCAUGGCAGCUGAGUGAAUGAAACCUAUUAAAAUUAUAGUAAAUGGGUGCUUGAAUUUGAGGGGACACAGUUCUUACUCCACAGUAGGUUGUGUAAAGACUUAACAGCAGCCUAACCUAAACAGAUAAGCCCAUUACCGUCUGGUUAUUUGUUAAUGGCAUUAAAUGAGUUUCAGUUUCUGAACGUCCCGUAUCAGGUGUGCAUCACAUAGCACAUUAGUGUUUUGCUUAAUCCACACUUUGU